CUUAACUUAUCAUCUUUCAUUUAUACCACGAUAUGGAGUCACGAAAGCGUCCAAGAGCAGAAGACGGAGAUGUCGUACAGGCGAAGAAGAGGGCUCUCUCGGUUGGUCAAGACUCGCCGGUGGCGACCGUGAACGGAGAUACGGACGAGCCAAAGGAUGGCGACAACCUUGAGAUGUUCAGGAAAGACGCCAUCUACAGGCGGAUGAAGCACUACUCCCGCGAGAACGACCGGAGACAGGUCAAGAUAGCUGAGCUCGAACGCAGAAGGAAUACCACUGAAGCGGCCUUAGCGGCCCUCGAGGCAACUUGGGCACAGGUACUUGGAACAAUCCGUUCACUGGCCAAGUCCGAAGACCUUCCUGAUGUUGAUGUCGACACGCAUGAUGUGUUCAACUUGACCUUGCAUGUCUCGUCGGAGCCUGAGCCUUCACACUAUGUCCAAGAAUUGCGGAGUCGCAUGCAUGCGACUGAGCAGCUGGUCGCGGCGUUCGUUCGAGUAGGAGGCGAGGCAAGGUCGCAACUUCUUCAUGAUAAGAGCCAUAGGAGAUGUUUGGAGGCGCAGACACAGUGUGCUUCGUUGCGUGCAGAGGUAUCUCUACUACAGACGAGAUUACGCGAUGCCGAAAUGGAGAAGGAGCGAUAUCAGGAGCAGCUAAGUGCUGCUGAGAGACGGCUGGAUCGGUUUCAGAGUAAGGCGGCGGCGGCUUUGAAUACUUCGUCUCGAUCGUUAGACGAGGACGGCGGGGUGAAGGAGGAGCUGAAAGAGAUGGUUAAAGCCGAAAAUAGCGAGCCUUCACAGAGCCCACAAGGGUCACCAAAGAUAGCUAACGCAGAAGCAGUCAUCAAUGGUGAUCAGCCAUCGGAUGCUGCUGAGUUGGAGAGCGUGGCUGAGUUCCGUAGGGAGAAGAUAGACGCGCUAUUGGAAGAGAAUCGGCGAUUGCAGUUCGACCUCGUCAGUGCCCAAGCCAAUGCAAGAGCAGCCACCGAGGCGCAAAUACAGGAGACAUCGCAUUGGAAAUCACUUAUGCAGCAUACGAGCCAACUCUCAAAAAUGGUAGAGGACGACCGAAAGGAGAUCUCUGCGCUUCAGAAGGAGCUCGAGGUGCUGAGGACGACGAGGAAAAAGUUUGAGGAGCAGCAUAUCACCAUUCUUGAGAAGACCAAGAACGAUUUAGGGGAGGUGAUUUCAAGACGAGAAACCGAGCUUACGCGUGUGCGAGAACAGCGCGACCAGCGAGAUGCAGAGCUCAAGGAGCGGAAGGGAAGAGAUGUGUCCAAGUCGCAGGCGUUACAUGAAUACAAGCAGCUCGCAGAGACGCGCAUGGAUCGCAUAAUGGCACUAUCAUCUGAAGUAGCUCGGCUAAAGUCUCGUCACGCUGCGCAGGCCAAUGACGAAGACCUCAUGAAUUUCUUCUUCAAGUAUUCGGAUGAAGAAUGCUCCUACUUGGACGAUGUCAAAGUACGGCUGGUUGCCGCCGAGACUCGUCUGAAAGCUGCCGAGGAUGACACCGAUGUUCGCGAAGUCAAAGCAGAACUCCUGGAAGCGAAGAAAGAGCUGGCGCGGUACAAGUCCACCUAUGGUGGCUCAUUAUCACCUGAUGCUAGAAUGUUAUCCGCACAGCUGCAGCAGAAGGAGGUUGAGAUUGAGAAUCUCAGGUUGCAGCAACAGCAGCAGGAACAGGCCGAGACUUCCCUGUAUGCUGAACUGGACAGGCUGUCUUCUGCUUGGGAGACGCUUGACAAGGAAUUGAAGAGCAAGAUAUUUGACCUCACCUCGAUAGAGGAGAAGAUGAAGCAAAUCUCUGCAGAGAAAGCCAAGGCGGACGCGAAAUACUUUAGCGUCACAAAGGAGAAGAAUGCUUGCGAGCAGGAGAAUAUAUCACUGAAGCGCACCGUAGAGAAGCAGGCAAAGUCUUUAGAGAAGCUUGCCGAGUCCGAGAAGCUCAACUCGCAGCGAGUCCAUGAUUAUGACAGAGAAGUCGCUAUACUUGAGACACAGAGUACGGACUUCAAAGUAAAGAUCGAUUCUGCGUCGAGCGAGCUCCAAAAGUACCGGAUGCGUUAUGAAGACGCGCGCAAACGGGCCGAGGAGCUUGAUGUGGUCUACAAGGAUGCGCUCAAGGACGUCGGUCGAAAGCGGCAGGAGCUGAUCAAGCAAGAGGAAGUGCUGCUCAAGAAGAAGAAAGAGGCCGAGAAGCAUACGGCGAAAGUUAAGGCGUCUGCCAACAACCAUGCGUCGAGUACUAGCGUCCGCGAGUCGGAGCUACAGGGGGAGGUGGAGAAGUGUAUGACGAUUCUCAAGUGUUCAACUUGUAGGAUGAACAUGCGGAACACAGUCAUUACGAAGUGUAUGCAUUCAUUCUGCAGGAACUGUGUCAACGAGCGGAUCCAGAGUCGACAGCGCAAAUGCCCCGCUUGCAAUCUGCCAUUCUCACAAGGCGAGGUGCAGCAGCUGUUUUUCCAAUAGUAAGCUGUCUCAUGUUGGACAUACUAUCCAGACUUUUGUUGCACUUUCUUGCUACGUGUUUGUAUACGAUAUCUUUUUGUUACUAUUACUAUUUCCUCACUUAGACAUUGCGGUGAGGUUCUGAUGCUGGUAUGCGCUAAAAUGCGUGUUCUACGGCCUCUUCGGUGACGCGGGCUCGUUCAGAGUAGUGUCCUUUUUAUCUAGCGUACGCAAAAACGUAUACCAUCUACUCAGCAACCACUUCAAAGCACAGAACCAAGCACGACGAUAUUAGAGUAGAAAAGCACAGUAUAUUGAACGCGCGGGUGCAAUUAGCGCUUGACCCAGGUGUAGGCCUUACGAGCCUUUGCCAGACCAGGCUUUUUACGUUCAACCAUUCUCGGAUCACGCCUAAGCAGUUUGGCCUUGCGCAAUAUCCUGGCGACGUCGGGUACAUGUGCUAGUACACCUUUUGCGAGACCUAGACUGAUUGCUCCGACCUGGCCGGUUGUUCCUCCACCGCGCACGAUGGCAAAGAUAUUGAAGGCACCGAGCAAGCCAGUAAGUGAGAGUGGGCGAAGAACACGUUCACGAUCGGAAGGGCUAGCAAAGUAUUCCGCCAGGGGAGUGUUAUUGAUUAGAACUUUGGUAGCCGGAACUUGUUUUGGUGCAGGCUGAGUAGAAGUGGUGUAACUCGGUAUGGAGCCGGGCAUGUUGAGCCCUGGAUCGGCAGCCUCCAGAGCAGGAGUGGAAACGGGUUCCGCCUCUGGUGUUUUGGUGCGGAUGAUCCAGACACGCGCGUGACUCUCCUUCCGUCGACCGAUAGCGUAUGUCCUGCCAAACUCGUCAACCGGGACUGGCUUGCGUUGUCCGCGCGCGAGGUACGCCUCUUUGUCCUCACGCUCAAACACCUCGAGAACAUGCGCGAUUGAGUCUGCGAGCUGUCCGUAGCCUGCCACGGUGGCAAUCCGCUUGUACUCAUCGAGCUGCUGCAGAAGACUGAUGAGCCGUGAGUAGCGGGAGGGCGUGAGCCGUGUCGAGAUCAUGCCGUUGAGGCCUUUCUUCGUCUUCCACGCCGGCUGCGCGGGCGGGAGGGCCUGGAGGGCGAACUGCGGGAGCGGGAGCAGCUGCAGCUUCUUGAGGGCCUGGCGCGAGUACGUGAUCGCAGUUUCGAGGUUGUCGACGGAAUCGUAGAAGUCCGCGCGACCUGUGAAUGUAUUCGGCGAUUCAGGCUUGACUCGCCCCACUCUCGAAGGACCGUCCGCGACCAUAUCGGCCGAACCAGGCGGAACGAAACCGGUCGCGGCGGCAGUGGCAUAGCGGGGGCGUGCAGCGACCCAUAGUGAGGAGGCAAAUGCUCGCGCCUCGUGUCUGAGAGCUGAAAGCAUAGGUUGCUCUGCCGCCGUGCUCGUAAGA